CCGCCCAGCCGGCCCGGCCCGGGAGCCGCGGCGCCCAGUGACCCCCGCAGCCGGGAGGAGGGAGGGAGGCAGGCGCAGGAAGCCGAGCAGGAAGCGAGCCCGGCGGCCGCGUUUUCCUGGGGAAGCGGCGGACGGGGCGGCGUAGCCUGCGGGGCCCGGGGAGCCGCCGCCUCGAUGGGGUGUUGAGAAAUCUCCUCUAGAGCUUUGGAAGGCUGAAUGGACUAAACAUGAAGAGCUUGAAAGCCAAGUUCAGGAAGAGUGAUACCAAUGAGUGGAACAAGAACGAUGACCGCCUGCUGCAGGCCGUGGAGAAUGGAGAUGCUGAGAAGGUGGCCUCGCUGCUGGGCAAGAAGGGGGCCAGUGCUACCAAGCAAGACAGCGAGGGCAAGACUGCUUUUCAUCUUGCUGCUGCCAGAGGAUACGUGGAAUGCCUCAGGGUCAUGAUUACACAUGGUGUGGAUGUGACAGCCCAAGACACUGCUGGGCACAGCGCUUUGCACCUCGCAGCCAAGAACAGCCACCAUGAGUGUGUCAAGAAGCUCCUGCAGUCUAAAUGCCCAGCUGAGAGUAUUGACAGCUCUGGGAAAACAGCUUUACAUUAUGCAGCAGCACAAGGCUGCCUCCAAGCUGUGCAGGUUCUCUGCGAGCACAAAAGUCCCAUAAACCUCAAGGACUUGGAUGGGAAUACGCCACUGCUUCUUGCCAUUCAGAAUGGUCACAGUGAGGUCUGCCGCUUUCUGCUGGAUCAUGGGGCAGAUGUCAAUUCCAGGGACAAAAAUGGAAGAACUGUUCUCAUGCUGGCUUGUGAGAUCGGCAGCUCUAACAUCGUGGAAGCCUUAAUUAGAAAGAGUGCAGACUUAAACCUUGUAGAUUCUCUUGGACACAAUGCCUUACAUUAUUCUAAACUCUCAGAAAAUGCAGGAAUUCAAAGCCUUCUAUUAUCAAAAAUCUCUCAGGAUGCUGAUUUAAUGACACCAACAAAACCAAAGCAGCAUGAUCAAGUCUCUAAAAUAAGCUCAGAAAGAAGUGGAACUCCAAAAAAACGCAAAGCUCCACCACCUCCUAUCAGUCCUACCCAGUUGAGUGAUGUGUCUUCCCCAAGAUCAAUAACUUCAACACCACUUUCGGGAAAGGAAUCCAUAUUUUUUACUGAACAACCCUUCAAGGCUGAGAUCAGUUCCAUACGGGAAAACAAAGACAGGCUCAGUGAUAGUACUGCCGGUGCUGACAGCUUAUUGGAUAUAAGUUCUGAAGCUGAUCAGCAAGAUCUUCUUGUCCUAUUGCAAGCAAAAGUUGCUACUCUUACCUUACACAAUAAGGAAUUACAAGAUAAAUUGCAGGCCAAAACUCCAAAGGAGGCAGAAGCAGACCUAAGUUUUGACUCAUACCAUUCCACUCAAACUGACUUGGCCCCAUUCCUGGGCAAACCGAGCCCAGAUGCCAAAUCAUCUCCAUCUUUAUUAACACAUUCCUUGGGUAAAUCCACCAUUGACAGCGAUGUCAAAAUUCAGCAACUACAAGAGAUUUUGCAAGACCUGCAGAAGAGACUGGAGAGCUCCGAAGCAGAAAGGAAACAGCUACAGGCUGAACUUAAAUCCAGAGGGACAGAACUGGUGUGCUUUAACAAUGCAGGGAUUUCAGAGAACGGCUCUGACCUCAGCCAGAAACUUAAAGAAACACAGAGCAAGUAUGAGGAGGCCAUGAAAGAGGUCCUUAGUGUGCAGAAGAAGAUGAAACUGGGCCUCACUUCGCCUGAGAGUGUGGGAAAUUAUUCACAUCUCCAUGAGUUGAGGAUCACCGAAGAGGAAAUAGAUGUGCUGAAGCAGGACCUCCAGAAUGCAUUAGAAGAAAGUGAAAGAAAUAAAGAGAAAGUGAAAGAGUUAGAGAAAAAACUUGAAGAGAGGGAGAAAGAUGUGGUGAUUAAUCCACCUGUGGAGGAGUAUGAGGCAAUGAAAAAUUCAUAUUGCUCAGUUAUUGAGAAUAUGAAUAAGGAGAAAGCAUUUUUGUUUGAGAAAUACCAAGAGGCCCAAGAAGAAAUCAUGAAACUAAAAGACACAUUAAAAAGUCAGAUGACACAAGAAGCCAAUGAUGAAGCUGGGGACAUGAAAGAAGCCAUGAACAGGAUGAUAGAUGAACUCAACAAACAAGUGAGCGAGCUGUCUCAGCUGUACAAAGAAGCCCAAGCCGAGCUGGAGGAUUAUAGGAAGAGGAAAUCUCUAGAGGACCUAACAGCCGAAUAUAUUCAUAAAGUGGAGCAUGAGAAACUAAUGCAUGUGACAAACGUAUCCAGAGCCAAAGCAGAAGAGGCCCUGUCUGAAAUGAAGUCUCAGUAUUCAAAAGUAUUAAAUGAAUUGACCCAACUCAAGCAACUGGUUGAUGCACAGAAAGAGAAUUCUGUCUCCAUUGCAGAGCAUUUGCAAGUCAUAACCACGCUGAGGACUACUGCAAAAGAGAUGGAGGAAAAAAUAAGCAAUCUUAAAGAGCUCCUUGCAAGCAAGGAAGGAGAGGUGGCCAAGCUGGAGAAACAACUCUUAGAAGAGAAAGCUGCCAUGACUGAUGCUAUGGUACCCAAGUCUUCCUAUGAAAAGCUCCAGUUUUCUCUUGAGAGUGAAGUGAGUGUGUUGGCAUCGAAAUUAAAGGAUUCAGUAAAAGAGAAAGAGAAGGCCCAUUCAGAGGUUGCCCAGGUUAAAAGUGAGGUCUCACAAAUAAAAAGGGAAAAAGAAAAUAUUCAGACUCUCUUGAAAUCCAAAGAGCAAGAAGUAAACGAACUUCUGCAAAAAUUCCAGCAAGCUCAAGAAGAACUUGCAGAAAUGAAGCGAUAUUCUGAGAGCUCUUCAAAACUGGAGGAAGAUAAAGAUAAGAAGAUAAAUGAGAUGUCAAAGGAAGUCACCAAAUUGAAGGAAGCCCUGAACAGCCUUUCACAGCUCUCCUACUCAACGAGCUCAUCCAAGAGGCAGAGUCUGCAGCUGGAAGCACUGCAGCAGCAGAUCAAACAGCUACAGAACCAGCUGGCUGAAUGCAAGAAACAACACCAGGAGGUCAUAUCGGUUUACAGAAUGCAUCUUCUCUAUGCUGUCCAGGGUCAGAUGGAUGAAGAUGUCCAGAAAGUACUGAAGCAAAUUCUUACCAUGUGUAAAAACCAAUCCCAGAAGAAGUAAAUUGGAUUCCUUGGCAGGACUCUGCCCCUUAUUGUCCAUCUUUGAGUUAGAUUCGGAGUUAGUCAUUGGCAACCACUGCCGUUGUUCUCCUUCGUGGUAUGCACUGUGACCUAGCAUAGCUUCUUCCCUUUCCAAAGGCUUCUGAGGACUGGUCCCAGGAAACGACUGCCCUCCUGAGAACCACUUGAAGGCUUCAAACCAGCAGAGGUCACCCAUCCCUUCAGAUUCCAGAGCCGGGAUCAGCCAGGCUCAGAGGCCUGGGUUGUGAUUGGUAGGGGGGUACCCUCCUCCGUAUCCAACCAGCUGAGGGGCUUCCCUCUCCGGGAGGUGCUGAGGCUUCCAUGCAGUAAAUUCUCCUGCAGUUCUUACAUUCAGGACUGUGCCCUUCUGCACAGGAGGACUUUUUACCUUUGGCUUCCGAUCCCAAAACAUGAUUUAAUUUCUAACCAAAUUAGUAUGGCACUAGUAAUGAGGUGCAUGCUUAAUACCCUUGAUCAUGACAUCCUGUGGAUUUAAAAACUCUAAUUCCUUCCUUUUCCCCAAUCUACCUUGUCUAUCUCAUCAUCCAGCUCAUCAAUCUCACAGUCUGAUGAGCACUAUUAACUAAAAUAUGAAGUCUAGAAACAAAAGCAAAUUGCCCUUAAAAGUUUUUCUUUUGAAGUGAAUCCUUGACAUAUUGCAAAUUUUCUAUGCAAACUUGCCUCCUGCUGUUAUCCCUGAAGCUCAGGAAAUACAAACACUUGUGUUUCAACAAGGGAUUACAGGAAACUCUUUGUUUACAGUUAAAAGAAAUGCCUCACAGUUCUUAACCUCAAUUUUUAAAAAAGUGUUUUUUCUCUAUAAUAUUUUUAUUGGCUCUUAAAAUUUUUUUCAUAUCUAAACCCCUAAAUAAGUGAAAUUUACAUUAGACUAUAUUAAUGAAAUUUUUUUAGGUAACCAUGCUUAAGGUUUUUUAAAAAUAUAACUUUUCCUCCAAGUUUUCAGCUAUAGCAAAAGGUGGUUAUGUAUUCCAAACUCAAGAUGAGCUGCUGCCAAUACCCUCUUGGACUUUUCCACCACUGUUUCCUUGGAACAGUAGUGCAUAUCUGAAUAUAAUAACUCUUCUUUUUACCCGUUGAAUAUUUUUGAAUGCCCCAACUCUCCCAGUGCCCACAGAUAAUCUCUGUAAGGACUCUUAGUAUCAGUCAGUUUUGCACCCUUGAAACUAAAAAUCUGAUAUGGUAUCAUUACGGUGCAUAGCGAAGGUCUUGGGGAAAAAACACUUCUGUUCAUUUUACUUUCAGGUUAAAAAUAUUUCUAACUUGCUUGCAGCUUCCCUUAUGGUUUUGAUCCUAUUGAAGGAGAUAAACCGAAUACAGGAAUCUCCAAAAUGUGUAUGGUGUAUGCCUCCUUCAGCAGGGGCCAUACACCUCAAGGCCGCCUGGGCUCAGAGGGAGCUUGGCUGUAUUGGAUGAUGUGUUAAUCUGUAUUGGAUGAACACCAACAAUGGCAAAGCAACAUGGCUUUAAAGCUUGGUGUUACCUUUCUUAAGUUGUUUAAUUAUAGUUAAACAAUUUUGAAAGUGCACCAAAGAAAUGUGAAAGAACUUUUUGUUGGCAGCAGUUAAAGACAACACAGAACAAACCUCCCACCUACCCCCACACCGAAAUGCUGCAGAGUAUAAAACUUGAGACAUUUUGUAGGAUGCUUAACAAAAGCGUAGCCUUUUAUCUUGUUUCAAUAUGUGUAUUUAUUACAAGUAUUCUGGUUAAAUAUUGAAAAGUUAUAUGCUGUAGUCUAGCAUUUUGUCUUUGUAAUUUACAGAAGUUACUGCAGAAAAUAAACUUUUGUUUCAUUUUGCA